UGUCCCUCUGACACAGCGGAUCACCGAUCUACGGAAAGAGCCAAAGAUGUCAGCUCGGUCAUGUGAUCAGCUGUGGCACUGAUAAUCAGUGUGCCCUGAUGAUCAGUGUGGCCCCAGAAGUGCCACCUGUCAGUGUCAAUCAGUGCAAGCUGUCAGUGCUGAACAGUGCCACAUGCCAGUGCCCAUCAGUGCCACAUCAAUGCCACAUAUCAGUGCAUACCAGUGCACAUCAAUGCCACAUAUCAGUGCCUACCAGUGCACAUCAAUGCCACAUAUCAGUGCCCAUCUGAGCUGCCCUUCAGUGCCACCUAUCAAUGCCAAUCAGUGCCACCUACCAGUGCUGCCAAUCAGUG